GUCAGACCAAAGAUCUCUUCUCCGCUUCUUUGUCACCAAUAGAGCGAUCCCUCUCGUCCCAAGCCUCGUCUGAUGACUGCCCCACCUUGUUGCGGCCAUUUACAGCAUUCGACCCAAUAACUUUUCCAACAAUCAAACAUACUCAUACAAACGCCAUCAAUCUCGCAUGUAAAUAUUUGACGAGUUGCACCGACCUAAGACUAGUUUCCCACAUCGCUCCGAUAAUCAAAGCUUCGACGUCUGCCACGUUGAAUUAGUGCCAAAGUGACGCCUUCGACUUUCUUCCGGUCCUUCUUUCGAAGCUCGCCACCUCAGAGCCGGUUUUCAAGCAUGGCCUGGCGAAGUUCUGGCUCCUCAAAUGAGGAGCUCGUGAAUAACUUGCAUCGCAAUGGUGUUUUCGAAAGUGAUAAAGUGCGGCAGGCCAUGUUACGUGUAGAUCGCGCGCAUUACGCCCCAACUGCUCCAUACGAGGAUUCUCCACAGUCUAUUGGCCAUAGAGCAACAAUAUCGGCUCCUCAUAUGCAUGCUUCGGCAUGCGAAUCGUUGUUGCCGUUCCUCAAAGAUGGCUCCAAAGUUCUAGACGUCGGCUCAGGCUCAGGAUAUCUGACUCACGUGCUUGCCGAGCUGGUGAAACCAUCCGGCACAGUCAUUGGUAUUGAUCAUAUCCCAGCACUCACCGAUCUUGCCAUCAAGAACACUCAAAGGAGCGCCGGGGGACGAGAACUCCUCCAAAAUGGAGCAAUCAAAUUUGUGACUGGCGAUGGCCGGAAAGGCUAUCCCGACGGGGCUCCAUAUGAUGCAAUACAUGUUGGAGCCGCGGCAGCAGAACAUCACCAACUCCUUCAGGACCAGCUAAAAGCUCCUGGACGAAUGUUUAUUCCUGUCGAAGAAGGGUGGAGUCAACAUAUAUACAUCGUGGAUAAAGAUAAGGACGGAGUUGUGACGAAGAAAAAAUUAUACGCCGUCCAAUACGUACCCUUAACAGAUGCGCCGAUGGUAUGAUCCAAGUUCUAGUUAUCAGAGAAAUCGCGUUAGCUACGGGCAGAAUCUUGCUAAAAGCUAGCACCGUCGUAGCAGAUUGCAUUUGUGCUUUUACUCAAUAGUAUGAAUGAGUUGCAUGGAGAGCGUACUAAUCUUUACAAAGGAUGGAUAUUCCAGUGAUUUACAAUACAUAAAACAGACCAGCGAGAAUUGCGCAAUUGUUUGUCACAGCAAGCCACUUACUUUUAUUGGACAGCCUGUUUUCUUUCUACCAAAAAGACGUAUACACAGCAUCCCGCUUGUUUUUCUCAUCAUUUCGCUACCAAGUUCGUGCACUGUUGGUGUAUGGGCCUUGUAUGACUUCAAUCAUCCCUUGGCAAUCGUCAUCUUUAGCAAUGAAUGCAGCGUCUACUACCACAUAUUGACAAGAAUCAAACCCACCAUUUA